CUGUUUUCAACGAUAAUUUUCUAACGAGUCCUUUAUACCAUAAAGUUUUCCUCCACUUCAGCCUCACGUUUUGUUUCUCGUGAUACAAGGUGUGCAGAUGUAUGCUAGAAUUAUACCGCCGCCCAAAACCAGAGCAAUCAUAGCCAAAGUCGUCCAUGGGGUUGAGCUCGAGGUGACGCGAGUUGGCACCAGCUUCUUUAUUGCAGGCAAUUCGGCAACUUCUUCGGUUGUCAAACCCCAUCUUCUGGCCUUGGCGAUCAGGGAUCUCAGGCGUCGCGACGCCUUCUCGCAAGACUUCUUCGACGUCCGCUUGGAUAAGCCGUCUAAACAGUUCUCGAAGUGUCCCAUAAUAUCGUGACGUUUCUCAUUCUUGAGAUUCAAGCGCUGCAACAAGUUCCAAAUAUCGACCGAAACUGUCGAAAAGUCCCAGAAUCAAAUAAUGGGCGCGUAAAUCGACGUGCGAGUCCUAUCUUUUUCAUCCAAUGCUAUAUCAUGAUUUGUGCCAUUUUCAAGUCGAGGAAAAUAUAUUAUAUCUUCCGAAAUUUGAACAGUCCUCUCAAUUUACGCCAUGCUCCGCCUCGAAGAAGAAUCGAUUUCUUCCAAUAAAUUAGCAUUGUAUAGAGACUGGUGAUGCGAUCUUUGUUCUGACAAGCUUUAUUGAUCAUUAUGAGAAUUUUUCUGCUGUCGUUUUUGGCAUAAUUAUCUCAAUAAUGCCAUUGUCUUUGAUUCGUUUAUCAUUGUUAAAUGAAAGCGUUAGUUUUAUAGUAUGUAAAAAUAUCACUUUUAUACAUUCGCACUUAUUUGUGUAGCUUCGUUUUCUAACGUUUUCAAUAUGUAUUCUUUAUGAGAAACAUUGUACCCCAAAGGAUUAUUUAGAAUAACGUACAAAUAAUACGUCAGUACACA